UCCAAUUAGGCCAAACAAGAAGCAGCUGCUUCACUCCACUGAGUAUCCAAAGAUGAAGGUUUACCCUACAGACGUCAUUUUGAGGACAUUUAUUUCAUUAUCACUGCUUCUUUUAAGGUAUGAAGCUCUUGCUGCUUCAAACAAUUUUCAAGCAUCAGUCUAUGGCACAGUGAAUGACCACACAUCAGUUUGCCAUGAUGGGUUCAUGUCAGUUUACAUAUCAAAGUCUCAGUUUGCCGAUCUUCCUUUUACUAUUUAUGUUCAAGACACAGAUGAACACAGCGGAUAUUACCAAGCCAUUGCUGUAGCAAGACAGUGCCACUACUUCCUGGGAGAAACUGACACCGUUGUUGUCUUAACAGUGGCUUCUCAUGGUUGUUUUGUAACAAGACAAAAGCAUAUGACUAAUCUGACAGUUGUCAUCAUGGCACUUGUGGGAAAGAAAAGAGUUGAAAUUAUCAAGUCAAUACCACUCGUUUGUGAAAGGAAAAUUAAAGAUGCGAACAAAAGUGAUUAUCCACUGGUAGCUAGUCAUUUUUCCUGUAGUAAGGAUGGGUUCAACAUUACAGUCUCUAAGAAUGCCACAGUCCCACCUCUGAACCUGGAAGCAGUCUCACCCCCUUCAAGCCAAGGCCACUGUAAGCCUAAAAAAAGAUCCAAGGAUGCGGUCACUUUCAUCUUUCCAUUCACAGAUUGUGGCACUCAGUCCAUGAUAGCAGAUGGGAUUAUGACCUACUGGGUCAACAUUGAGUUGAAACAACAUGCACAGAGGGGCUCUAUAUUUCGUGACACUCCUUUCCAUCUUACUGCACGUUGCAGCUUUGCACUAGCUCAAAUUACUCAUGUGGGCAUCAGAGUUCAGGGGAAAAAGUAUAUGUCAACACUGAAGAGCGUGGGACUACUGAGAACUGAAAUGAGAUUUGCCAAAGAUUCCGAUUACAAUUCUUUCUAUUCCCCUCAUGAUCCUCCAAGAUUGACUGAGCUUGGUCAGCCUGUAUACGUGGAGGUGUUUGUUCUCAAACAUGAGGACAAGGAUUUGAUGCUGCUGCUGGAGGACUGCUGGGCAACAGCGACUGAAAACCCACAUGACCCACUAAGAUGGAACCUACUUGUUAAAGGAUGUCCGUUUGGUGGUGAUAGCCACAGAACUGUUGUGUUGCCAGUUGUCUCCAGCAAGGAGCUGAAGAAUCCCUCUCUUCAUAAGUGGUUUGUAAUCAAGCUGUUCUCAUUUGUGAAGCCCCGAACCUUUGAAAAUAUGGUUUAUUUCCACUGUGAUAUAGAGAUUUGUAAAGGACCAGAUUGCUCUCAGCCUUGCAGCAAUGGGAGCCGGAAAUUAAAAAGAAUCACACCUGGAAUACGACAAAGGAUUCUUCACAGUGUUGUCUCUGGUGGACCUCUAAUGUAUCUACUGUAAAUGACAAGAAAAAUUACUCCUGUUUGAAGUCACGGUUGGAAGCAACUGUCCAUUAUAAAUAAAAUUAUAUCUUGAUGGGCAAA